UAUAUCAGUUGCUGUCCAAAGCCAUCUUCAUGGUUUCUAAGUGGCACCAUCCUCAGUAAUCUCAUGUAUCUUUAGGCUGUACAUAUGGGUCUAUCCUCAGUUUCCAGUGAUGAGAACUCCAACCAGAAGUAGGGCAUCAGGCUGGAUCAGGCAGGUCUGGAGAGCAGAAGGGGUCAGGAUCACUUCCUACCCCAAACCCAGGAGUUAAACGAAGCUAAAUGCGCAUCGGUAGCGCAGCAGCGCGGGAACGAAUACUAACGGCUUUCCCCGUCGUGUGACGUCACCGAGAAGGGGGCGGGGUCACGCCUGGAAUCAGGAACAAUCCACACAAACCGAAUUCCGCCUCCUGCUUAUUAUUUUCUGACCAGUCAUCAAACCUGUGAUGUUUUAACCGAAAAGAAAUGUCAACAUGGGCUCUCAACGGAAAUACCACGCUACAGAGGGAGCUUGGGGAAGACUGCCUUUGUGCUUUUUGGCUAGCCUGUCAGCUUGUCUGUGCUUUUGCAGAGCAGAAGACAGUUCGAUGGAGAACAUCGUGACUGAGAAACAGGCUGAGGAAAGCCACCGACAGGACAGUGCCGACCUGCUCAUUUUCAUCUUACUCCUCACCCUCACCAUCCUGACUAUAUGGCUCUUCAAACACCGUCGAUUCAGGUUUCUACACGAGACAGGGCUGGCAAUGAUUUACGGAUUGCUGGUUGGGGUUGUGCUGCGUUACGGGAUCCACGUGCCUCGUGACAUCAACAAUGUUACGCUGAGUUGCCAUGUCAAUGCCAGUCCAGCCACGUUACUGGUCAACGUAAGCGGCAAGUUCUACGAGUACACACUGAAGGGCGAGAUCAGCGCCAGCGAAGUCAAGGAUGUUCAGGACAAUGAGAUGCUUCGUAAGGUGACCUUUGACCCAGAGGUAUUUUUCAACAUUCUUCUGCCGCCAAUCAUAUUUCAUGCGGGAUACAGCUUAAAGCGGAGACAUUUUUUCAGGAACAUGGGCUCCAUUUUGGCCUAUGCCUUUGUUGGAACGGUGGUGUCCUGCUUCAUCAUUGGCUUAUUGAUGUAUGGAUGCGUGAUGCUUAUGAAGCAUACUGGCCAGUUGGGAGGAGACUUCUUCUUCACUGACUGCCUGUUUUUUGGUGCCAUCGUAUCCGCCACUGAUCCAGUGACCGUCCUGGCCAUCUUCAACGAGUUACAGGUGGAUGUCGACCUCUAUGCUCUGUUGUUUGGAGAGAGCGUAUUAAAUGAUGCUGUUGCUGUGGUGCUUUCCUCGUCCAUUGUUGCAUAUCAGCCCGAGGGAGACAAUAGUCAUACAUUUGAAGCCAUGGCCAUGCUAAAGUCGUUCGGUAUCUUUCUGGGAGUCUUCAGUGGUUCCUUUGCUCUUGGAGUGGCUACCGGUGUAAUGACUGCCUUAGUCACCAAAUUUACCAAGUUGCGGGAUUUUCAGCUGCUAGAAACAGCCCUCUUCUUCCUCAUGUCUUGGAGCACAUUCCUGUUGGCUGAGGCUUGUGGCUUUACAGGUGUGGUAGCAGUUCUUUUCUGUGGAAUUACACAAGCUCAUUACACCUAUAACAACCUUUCCCCUGAAUCACAGGACCGGACCAAGCAAUUAUUUGAACUGCUGAAUUUCCUCGCUGAGAACUUCAUCUUUUCCUACAUGGGCCUGACCCUGUUCACCUUCCAGAACCAUGUCUUCAACCCCAUAUUCAUCGUGGGAGCAUUUUUGGCCAUUUUUUUGGGCCGUGCAGCCAAUAUUUACCCGCUCUCCUUCCUGCUCAACUUGGGCCGCAGGAACAAGAUAAGCUCCAACUUUCAGCACAUGAUGAUGUUUGCAGGUCUCCGAGGGGCCAUGACUUUUGCCCUGUCUAUCAGAGACACAGCCACAUAUGCACGACAGAUGAUGUUCUCCACCACACUGCUGGUGGUCUUUUUCACUGUGUGGAUAUGUGGAGGAGGCACUACUCAAAUGUUAUCUUUCCAGCGCAUCCGUGUUGGAGUGGACUCAGACCAGGACAAUUCGAUUGGCCCUGAGGGAUUAGAGAGGAGGAGCACCAAACAGGAGAGUGCCUGGUUAUUUAGGAUUUGGUACAACUUUGACCACAACUAUCUUAAGCCCAUUCUGACUCACAGCGGGCCGCCACUCACAGCUACUCUUCCAGCCUGCUGCGGCCCUCUGGCCCGAUGCCUCACCAGCCCACAGGCGUGCGAGAAUGAGGGCCAGCUGAAGGACGAUGACUCAGACCUUAUCCUGAACGACGGUGACAUCAGCCUGACCUAUGGCGACAUCACGGUUAGCACAGAUGCGACGGGCACACGCACGAUCAGCAUUCCGGCUGGUGCAGCGGGCGUCCACUCUGAUGAUGCUCUGGACCGAGAGUUGACCUUUGGUGACCAUGAGCUGGUGAUCCGGGGCACGCGUCUUGUGCUGCCCAUGGACGAUUCAGAGCCGCCUCUCCGCCACCGGGAGAUUUGAGCUGCAUGGAAAAAAUCCUGAAGGAAAUCAAAGGCUUUUCUGUCCCUCUCUCCAUCACCACCACAGUCUGGAACGAUCUCUCUCUCUUUCUCUCUCUCUACCACUACCACUGUCCUCUCUCUGAAGUGGCUGGUUUGAUGUCUCUACCUCAUUUGUCAUUUUCUUUCUGCUCCUCCAAACAUGACUUGUGAAAGCUGGUCAGUUCUUGCCAUCCAUUUUCUGCAUUUUUUUUUUUUUUUUCACAGAUUGGGUGUUAAACAGUAUGGCAUCUUCAGGCAUUGUUGCACUGUCUGUCUGGGAGGUUAGCGUGAGAAGUGAUAGAGCAAUGCUUUCUUGUCUGCAAAUGUGAGGUGUAAAAUAGCUGUGCAUGCUAAUUCUUGCUUUCCUGUUGGUGUGUGAGGCCUGGUUCAAAGGGGAUUCAAGCUUGGGCAGUGGUAAAACUGCUAAGAGUGUUAGACUUUCAAACCGCCUUCUGUAUCUGAGGAUCAGAAAAGAGGUGUGGUAACCUGAUGGCUCAGUGUUUAUGUGGUUGCAAUCAAGUGCCUGUUGAAUGUAAUUUUUACUUAUCCUUGGAGCAAAACAACACUGCCAUCCACUAGAGGGAGGCCUUGUAUCUUAAUACUGAACUCAUCUAUGUGAUGUAGGCUUCAAAUUGGCAACAAGAGGGACUUAUUGUAGUUUUGAGUGGCUAUGGAGGGAUGUCUGUGCAAUCAGAGGGCCCAGAACUCACAUACUGACCUUUGACUGUGACUUCUGGUGGACCUGCACCUUGUUAUACAUGUUCAUGUUAGUUACAGUAAGAUGUUCUUUUAGUUAGAGUCACGGUACAAAAUCUGAGGCCGUUUUUGUCUCAUUUGUUUGCAUUUUAUAAAAAGUCACAAAACAUCCUUAUUAAUUUUACCAUGCAGCUCUAAAUCACUGAAAUGACUUAGUGUCAUGUUUAACAGUGUACAACUAAAACUAUCCAUCAUAUGUAUUACUAAUAUAAACCAAACUAUAGAAAAUCCUUUUUUUUUUUUUUUUUUUUAAAAAAAAAAAAAAAAGAGGAUUUUUACCUUGGCUAGUGCAGACCUGCAAGGAUACAAAGAACAACAGUUCACAGCAAUGUGUUUUGAUUUCUUCAUAGGCCUUUUAAUGUACUAACCUUUGCAUGAUGUGUGAUGUGUGGAGAUUUGGAUAGCAUUGCUAUAUGCAUUGCCAUGUGUUCUCCCCCUUUUUUGUGGCAUUUUGGAUUUUUAUAGCGAAUUGAAAAACCAUCGUCCAAGUUGGUGUGUAAUGUCAGUGCAGCACAAAUUAAACUUACACUUUUUUUUUUUUCUGAGUAUAGAGGGAGGAUGGCUGAAUGAUUUUAAGCAUGCUAUUAAAGGGCUGAAUGAACAGGUAUUAACUGUUUUUUAAUAUUUGUACUUUUGGUGGAAAAAAUGUCUUGGGGAAAUCGACCAUUUCCUGUUUGAGUGUAAUGUUAGGGUGUGGUGCAGUGACGAGAUGAACAAUGGCGCUGAUGGGUGUGAGCACAACUGUACGUGUGUUACAGUUGUAUGUAAUUAUAUGUAUGUAUAUGAAUAUAUAGUGAACUAUGGGAUAAAUUAAAGCGUGACUGAUUUUUAAUACAAUGUCUAUUAAAAAGGAUAUAAAAUCAGUUAAAAAGGUGCGAACAACCCAUCAAGAGAUUUUUGUGUUGCAUUCUUGUCUCUUAAAAUUCAGGUGUGUGUGCGUGUGCGCGUGUGUGUGCACGCUCAUAAAACAAGCUGACUUUGUAGAAGGGUGACUAUUGCUUUGAAUGGACGGUGCUGGCACCCAUAAUGCAAUGGGUCUCCUGAAUGAAGCAGUAAAAUAAAACACUGUCUGUGUUACACUGUUGCUGUGGAUGAAGGCCCCUGAUGGACAAGGCAAGAGAGGAGUAGAUGCAGAAACAGAGAAUGAGUGAGGGCCAUCUAAAAGAAGAGUGAACAAGGCUUUCAGCAUAGCGUUAUCUCCUGCUGUGCAGGACAUUUUCCCAGAGGGCAAUGUAGCAUUCCUGUAGGCCUGCCUCUAGAUAACAUGGCCCACAGAAACAGGGCCAUUAUAUUUGAAUGGUCACAAGAUGAAGGAAUUCAAUAUGGUUGCAGUUUUUGCACUUUGUUUUCUUGCCUUGUUGACUUUUUUGUUAUGUCUUGAAAUAGCUCUUCUAUUUAUUUAAUUGUCUAAUGGUGGGUGAUUUUCACAUGAAAGUGACGAAUAGAAGAAUUGACCUGCUGUUAGACUGAGAUCAUUUUGCUUAUUUGUCAUGUGAAGGAGGAGUUUAGUAGACAAGCAUCUCUCAGUCUGUUUUCUUGAAGAGCAGCCAUCUAGUAAUGCCAAUACUAGCCACACAUAUAUGAGCAAGAAUAUUCACAAAAUUGCAACCAGUGUCUCUACUUGUACUCUUCUGAUCCGUGAGAAAAAAUUUUGAGCUCAGAAUUAUAAAGACUUAAGAUGAGCAAGAUUAAAUUUUUCUUUGUUUUUCCUGAAAUGUGCUGCAACUUUCCUAAAGACUGGAUUCACAAAAAGCCACUUGGGUACUGUUGUCCUUUCCGUUCAUAGAAAUGGCACGAUAUUUCCCUAAGAAAAGUGCAUUUAUUCCCCCUCAUUUCUGCUCCACAGUUUUGAGCUCGAGUUUCUUGAGCAAUGAGGGUUCGGGUUCUGCUUAUUAAAGUGUGUAAGUCUGUGUCCAGCUCUGCUGUUCUUCUGCUGCUUGUCCAGGAUAACUUACAAUCAGCUUCAGUGUCCAUGGCCACUAAAACGCUUUUUUUAUAUGGGUGAUAGCUUGUGCUAUGCGUUUGACUUGUAACAGAAAGAAACAGAUCGACAUGCAGAUUUGCCUAUGUUGUGUUUUUACUGAUAUGUAGCUGAGCUCUAGUCACAUCAUGUGCAGCCUCUGUUAUUACAUGUUGCAGGUACUGACUGUUUACAUAUGUGUAAAUAUGAUCAUCUGUUCAUGUGCGUGCAAUGAUCAAUAAAUAGAAGCCUGUGCUUUCAACUAAA